GCGGUCUUCUACAAGCACCUGGGCGGCUACCUGAGCGCGCGCGUGCGGCAGCUGACUGCGAUGGUGGGCGAGAACUACGCUGCGCGAUCGGGCGAGAUCUCGCUCGAGGAGGUGCUCUCCAACGCCGUCUUCUUCUCCCUCUUCACGCGCUGGCUGGCCUCGUCGGGGAUGGCCAACAAGACGGUGCUCCACUUCCUCACCGACAUCAAGGAGUUCCUCGCCACUCCCGCCAACGACUCGCUCCGCCGCGCGGCGAGGGAUGUGCACGCAAAGUACUUUGCGACUGCGGAGCGCGCGGCGGCGCUGGGCGUGUCCGAGUCCGCCGCCGCUGACAUCCGCUCGCUCCUCGCGUCGGACACUUUGCCUCCGCGCGACCUCUUCGGGACCGCCAUCACCGAGGUGCUCUCCAAGCUGCAGGCACACGCGUACCGCAGCUUCAUGCAGUCGGCGGCCUUCCAGCCGCUGCUCGACCUCAAGGCCAAGGAGAAGUACGUCCCCUGCGUGACGGACUUCAAGCUGCUGCAGAUCCUGGGCGAGGGGUACGAGGGCAAGGUGCUGCAGGCGCGCAAGAAGGACUGCGGCGUCAUGUACGCCCUAAAGGUGCUCGACAAGCAGAUCCUCGCCUCCCGCUCCCGCCGCUGGCAGCUGCACGCCUCGCGCGAGCUCGAGUGCCUCAAGGCGUGCGACCACCCGUACGUGGUUCCGAUCCACUACUCCUUCCAGACGCCGCAGUUCCUGUACAUGGUGCAAGAGCACGUGCCCAACCACACGCUCGCGCGCUACCUCGAGAAGCACGAGGGCAAGCCGAUGAGGGAGGAGGAGGUCCGCUUCAUGACGGGGCAGCUCGUGUGCGCGCUCGCGCACAUGCACAAGCAGACCAUCGUGUACCGCGACCUCAAGCCCGCCAACGUCCUCAUCGACACCGAGGGGCACCUGCGGAUGGUCGACAUGGGGAUGGCGUCCAAGCUCGACCCGGAGACGGGCCGCCGCAAGUCCGUCUGCGGCACGCAGCGGCGCGCGUACAUGGCGCCCGAGAUGAAGGCGAAGCAGCCGUACGAGCAGAGCGUCGACUGGUUCUCCCUCGGCAAGCUCAUCCUCGACUGCCACGGCCGAGACCCGUACGCCAAGGAGUGCGCGUACUGGGAGACCUCCGGCGCCGCCACCGCUCGCCCGCCGCCCUCCUGUGCAGCCGGCGCCUCUUCACACCUCGAGGCGUGGACAGGCCUGCUCGAGCUCAUCGACGCCCUCCUCGUCAAGGAGCCGACCAAGCGCCGCGGCUACGGGCCGGACGGCGCGCGGCACAACACACCCUCGCGCCCCGCCCUCUCCGCGUCGCGGGAGUGA